AGACAGCAGGCUGCUACGGAGUGCGCUCGCUACGCUGUGCGUCCUUACGCUACGAUCAUUCUAUAUGAACUCGUAACGGACUUGUUAUGAAUAAUAUGAACUGAAAUUUACUGUGAACGUGAAAUGAAUUUUAUUAGUCUAAUAUCGAUUUUUGUUGUAUAGAUUAUAAAAUAGUUAAGAUAUAAGUUAGCUGUAAUUUUAAGUUCAUUUGUGGGAUAUGGUGCACAGUUAACAAUAAAUAUGAACUCAAAAGAAGAUAAUAAUAUUUAGAUUCGAUUACGCUUCGAAAGAUGAGAAUGCUACACAAAUGGAAGUUCCUGAAAAAGAUUUCGAAACGAAGCAAAAUGGAUUAUAAAGUACUGAACUACCAGCGAGUCAAUGCAUUCCAAACGAAGAUACACAACAGAUACGUGACAACUAAAUGUUUCGAUAUGAGAACCAGGCAAAAUCCUAACGUUAUUGGUAACAAUGCUACGUGAAAUGUAGCUACGAACAAAUCAAAAAUGGGCGAGGCAUAUGUCGAUUCCAACUACACUCUAAAUUACACAGAUAUAUACAACGUGAUUGACGACGAAAAAGAUGCAUGCGCUAUCGCAGACGAACCCAAAUACCCGAGCAGUUUUGGGAUAACAUUAGCAGUGCCAGAAUGGGAAGCAAUAUGUACUGCAAUAGUACUCACACUUAUAAUCAUAUCGACAAUUGUUGGGAACAUCUUAGUAAUACUUAGCGUAUUUACAUAUAAACCACUUCGUAUCGUCCAAAACUUUUUCAUCGUAUCUUUAGCAGUAGCAGAUUUAACUGUCGCUAUUUUAGUACUUCCCUUUAAUGUAGCUUAUUCCAUACUAGGACAAUGGGUAUUUGGGAUAUAUGUGUGCAAAAUGUGGUUGACGUGCGACAUUAUGUGUUGUACAUCGUCUAUAUUAAACUUGUGUGCAAUUGCCCUCGACAGGUACUGGGCUAUUACGGACCCCAUAAAUUACGCUCAAAAGAGAACUUUAGAAAGGGUUUUGCUAAUGAUCGGAAUAGUUUGGGCCCUUUCACUAAUCAUUAGUUCCCCUCCAUUACUGGGAUGGAAUGAUUGGCCCGAUGUUUUUGAGCCCGAUACGCCCUGUCGUUUGACUUCUCAACCGGGUUUCGUCGUAUUUUCUUCAUCUGGAUCUUUCUAUAUACCAUUAGUUAUAAUGACUGUAGUUUACUUUGAAAUAUACUUGGCUACUAAAAAAAGACUUAGAGAUCGAGCGAAAGCAACAAAAAUCAGUACUAUCUCAACAGGUCAGAAUCGUUUUACUGUAAAAGAUAGCGAUCAGAACGAUCAAGAUUCAGUAAGUUCUGAAGCUAAUCACAAUGAGCAUCAAGGUGUUACGCGUUUGGUCUCAGAUAAUGAAAAGAAAAAGAAAACAAGAAAGCUAACUCCUAAAAAGAAACCUAAAAAGCGCUAUUGGAGUAAAGACGACAAAUGUCAAAAUAAACUCAUAGUACCAAUUUUAUCUAAUGAAAAUUCUGUAUCAGAUAUGGUAGAAAAUAUGGAAAAUAGAAAUACCUCCUCUGAGAGCAAUUCUAAAGAAACUCAUGACGAUGAACUGUUGCCGGUAAACGAAGCGACAUCGAUAAAGGCCCCUAAGCGAGCAAAGCCCAGUCAACAAAAUACUGUUUACCAGUUUAUUGAGGAAAAACAAAGGAUAUCGUUAACAAGAGAGAGACGAGCUGCCAGGACACUUGGGAUUAUAAUGGGAGUAUUUGUCGUUUGUUGGUUACCUUUUUUUGUAAUUUACCUUGUCAACCCAUUUUGUGCAAGCUGCUGUUUAUCUAAUAAGUUUAUUAACUUCAUCACUUGGCUCGGUUACGUUAAUUCAGCUUUAAAUCCCUUAAUUUACACAAUAUUCAACAUGGACUUCAGAAGAGCUUUCAAGAAAUUGUUGUGUUUGAAACCAUGAAAGCAAAUUGUGCCAAAACAAUUAUGAAUUAGAGUUUUAUGCUUAAAGAAGUUACAGAUGCCGCUGAUUUGCUCAAAUUACUAAGUUUUAAAACUUUCAUAGUGAUAUGAUAACUUAGAAAUUUUAUCAACUAGAAAUAUUUAAUUUUUAGAAUAUUCAUACCAAAUAAAUAUCGUCUUUAAGCAUUAUAUGUUUACAUAAGUCGGGUAUAAAAUAAAAUAACUUAAACGGCGUUUGUACGGAGCAUUGUAAUUUUUGCAAAAUCUAAUUGGUAACUUCUGCUUUUACAGACUCCUACAAAUUUGCUACAAGGUCGUUGCUCUAGAAAUUGUAUUCGAAACAAUCGCUAACACCUAAUGACUUUCACCAAUUUUAUAUAAUAUAUAAAUAGUAUCAAUACAUACACUUACAGAUAUACUUUUACAAAAUAUCCUAUUUUUAUUUUAAAUACACUGUUGAGACUUAACGCGAUGAAAUAUUUUGCAAGUUAAUAGUACCUAUAUACCCGCUUCUUUAUUGAUGACAUCCUGCCGUGACCCAGGACGUGGUGAAAUCUACCUCGAAACGUCGGCAAUAAAGAAGCAGAUAUGUACUGUUUACCUACAAAAAAAUUUGAUCGCGUUAAGUCCUAAUAGUGUAUUAAAAAUAUAUUUAAACAACGCGAAAGUUUAAGGUUAACUAUAUAUCCUUAAUUGUAAAAUAUGAUUAUGAUAUGUUAAAUAUACGAAAAAUUCAGUACAGAAAAUCAGCCCAACACAGGUCAUCUAUUGAUGUGAAAUGACUUCAUUGCUAAAUUCUAGUUUAAUGUGAUAUAUUUAACGUGUACAUACUUACUGGUUUUUGUGCAUAGCACGGUAGAAAUUACAUAUAGUAAAUACAAUUGUAAAUACAAAUUCGUGAAGAUCGAAUUUAAUAAUAAGAAAAUAAUUAUUAGCAACGAAAAAUCUUCAAACUAUUAUACUACGAUGUAAUAUUGUAAGUUGUAUAUACAUACAUAUCUUUAUCCUGUGUAAAUUUUGUAAAAAAAAAAUACGAUGAUAAUUUGAUUUUUAAGACUUUGUUUUCGUGGCACUAAAUAUUAAGUAAUCAAUCAAACGACUUUGUUCCUUUCAUGUAGCUGUUAAAAUAAAUAUUGAUUCAGAUAUCCCUUUAAAAUAAUUUGAGCCCUUAUUUAAA